CAAAUUAGAAAUUACGUGGUACAAACCAAUCGAAUACACAUCAAACUAAAAAAGAAAAUUCGAUUCUAACAGAAUUUCUUCGAUGUUUUAGAAUCAGUUUACUUGGAUAUUUUUCUGGUUGACAUAUUAUCUUCUAUCAGUCGAUUCAAAAUCCGAAAGGAUUUGAAAAAUUUACUGAUUUUUUUUUUGUUUUAAGCUCGAAUAAAAUGUCAGUAGAGAUGCGGGCACUGGGUUUGUCAGUGAUUAGUAUUUUACUAACGUCAGCUGUUAUUGGAAAUGCCUACUAUCAGAAAAAACAAUUUUAUCCAUCCGUUGUUUAUAUCACCAAAUCAAAUCCCAGCAUGGCAGUUAUUUACGUUCAAUCGCUGGUUGGUGUUUUGAUGAUGGGAAAGCUAAUGAAAAAGAUAUUUUUUGGAACAUUACGAGCCGCUGAAUUUGAGCAUUUAAUGGAGCGGUUCUGGUAUGCACUCACUGAAACUUGUUUGGCAUUCACAGUGUUUCGAGAUGACUUCAACCCAAAGUUUGUUGCACUAUUCACUGUGUUGCUGUUUCUGAAAUCAUUCCAUUGGUUAGCUGAGGAGCGCGUUGAUUACAUGGAAAGAAGCCCUGUAAUUGGUAUGAUGUUUCAUCUGCGAGUUUCAUCUUUACUCACUGUUCUGGGUCUAUUGGAUUAUUGUAUGAUCUCACACGCAUACGAAUUAACUAUAGCAAAAGGUGCCACCGUGCAGCUGGUGUUUGGAUUCGAAUACGCAAUUUUAAUAACAAUGAUUGCAAAUAUUGCCAUAAAAUAUGUACUGCAUGCAGCUGAAAUGAGAGCAGACACACCGUGGGAGAAUAAGGCUGUAUUUCUACUGUACACCGAAUUAGUGAUUGGCUUCAUUCGUGUCGUGCUCUAUAUUCUGUUUGUUAUCAUUAUGGUGCGAAUAUAUACAUUGCCAUUGUUUGCAUUCAGACCAAUGUAUUAUACGAUGAGAAACUUCAAAAAAGCAUUGAAUGAUGUAAUUUUAUCACGUCGUGCUAUUCGUAACAUGAAUACACUUUACCCAGAUGCAACACCAGAAGAAUUGGCAAUGUCCGAUAACAUUUGCAUCAUUUGUCGAGAAGAUAUGGUUAAUACAUCAAAGAAAUUACCAUGUGGACAUAUUUUCCAUACCGCUUGCUUACGAUCAUGGUUUCAACGUCAACAAACUUGCCCCACAUGUCGUUUGAAUAUUUUACGCAAUACAAACUCACCAGCAGAUCAGGUUGGCCAAAAUGAUGGCAUGGAUCAAUUGAACAAUAACAAUAACAAUCAACCAAAUGCAGCAAACGCCAACACAGCUGCUGCCAAUGCGAAUGUCCAAAAUAACAACAAUAAUGCAAACAAUAUUUUUAAUGCACAUCCAAAUCCAUUUGCAAACAUUUUGAAUGCUCAAUCGAAUACAGGUAAUCCAUUUGCCGUGAGUCCAUUUACGGCGAAUCCUCUUCAAUUUAACCCAUUUGCAUCGGUUCCACCAAUACCACCACCACCACCGAUACCAGCAUUUGCGCUCACUCCACCGCCCACCAUGCCAACCAAUUUGGAUCAAUUAACCGAUGAAGAGCUACGACUACUUGAGGGAAACGAACGAAAAAAUGUGGAAGAACGUAUCAAAUUGCUGAAGAAUAUUCAAGUGAUGAUGGAUGCUUCUGUGGCGUUGAUGCAUCAAUAUUCAAUGAUAUCAGCGCAAUUUCCACCACUGCAAACAGCCGCGACACCAUCGACCGCACCAAAUGCAUCGGAAACACAAAAGGCAACGACAUCUGAUGUUGUGGACACAAGCGAAGAGAAAACAACAUCAACAUCAAAUAUUACCGAUAACGAAGCCGGUCCAUCAACAUCACAUAAGAGUUCAGUUGAGACACUGGAAAUCGAUGGAAAUGUUGUAACUAUCGAAGACAUUGGACGAAAUGAUCCAACAGAUGAUCCGAACGAUCCAAUUUGCGAAGUACGAAGGAGACGAUUGCAACGAUUCGAAAUUAAAAGCAACUUGGAAGACUAAAUUUUGGUUUUACACAUAUAUUACUAUUUAAGAGCAUGAAAAGAAUAUUUAAAAAAAAAUUUGAGGUGAAGUAAAUCAUAAGUAAGCUAAAUCGAUUGAAAAUGUCAAGUUUACCAAAUACAUAUUUGAAGAUUAUUGGCAACUAGUGCUACAAGAAUAUGCAACAUAAAAGUCCACAAUGCUUUAUAAUUUGUUUUCGGGUUGAAUGAAUAAAUGUGACCAACACCGUACCCAGCAUAAUAUUAAUAUAAUUGGCAAAAAAACAAUUGUGAUUGAACUAAUAAGACAUUUUACAAUCAUUCUUUUUUUUUUAAUUUAUAGAAUUUUUCAUCAAAU